UGCACCUCUUUCUCAUAUCCCUUCCCUUACACACAGAGAGAUUGUUAGAAGCAAGAGAGAAGAAACCUCAAAACUCUCCUCUCUCUCUAAUCUCUCUCACCCCCUUAAGCCAAAUAGAGCAAAGAAAGAUCCCCUUAGCUUAAUUACCUAUCAUCAUAUACCAAUCCUUCCCACCCACCACCCAAAAUCUUGCCCUUCUUCUUCCCCAAAUCCAUCAUCCCCUUGAUUCCUCUUUGCUCUCAUCUCCUCAUUUUUUCCUCCAAAAGGGCAAGCAGCAGUUGAAUUGGGAAAGAUUCCAUGGCGGGUUACCAGAGCGAUUCGAGGGAGGAUUCGCCAACGAGGAAGAUAGGGAGGGGGAAGAUCGAGAUCAAGCGGAUCGAGAACACAACUAACAGGCAGGUCACUUUCUGCAAGAGGAGGAAUGGUUUGCUGAAGAAGGCAUAUGAAUUGUCUGUGCUUUGUGAUGCUGAGGUUGCUCUUAUUGUCUUCUCCAGCCGUGGCCGCCUCUAUGAGUAUGCCAACAACAGUGUUAAGGCCACCAUUGAUAGGUACAAGAAGGCCAAUUCAGACACUGCAAACACUGGAUCUGUUGCUGAGGCCAAUGCUCAGUACUAUCAGCAAGAGGCUGCCAAGCUGCGGCAGCAGAUUGGGAAUUUGCUGAACACAAACAGGGUCUUUAAGGCUUUUAACAGGAAUCUUGCUAUGUUGGCAAACAACUCUGGCUCUUCUUCUAGACAUAUGCUUGGUGAAUCACUCGGAGGCCUGAAUGCCAAGGAGCUCAAGAACCUGGAGAGCAAACUAGAGAAAGGAAUCAGCAGAAUUCGUUCCAAAAAGAAUGAGCUGCUGUUUGCUGAGAUAGAGUAUAUGCAGAAGAGGGAAAUUGAUUUACACAACAACAACCAGCUUCUUCGCGCAAAGAUUGCUGAGAAUGAGAGGAAGCAGCAGAGCAUGAGCUUGAUGCCAGGAGCGAGUAGCAGCUACGAGAUCGUGCAGCCACACCAGCAGUUCGACUCUCGAAACUACUUCCAAGUCAAUGCAUUGCAGCCCACCAACCAUUACCCUCAACAAGAACACAUGGCACUUCAGUUGGUCUGAAUGUGCAUCAAUGGAGAGAGGGGAAAGGAAGCCAUUUCUGCUCUCCCUCCAGAGUCUGUAAGAAGCACAUAUCUUUGUGCAGGUGUAUGCCACCAAAAUGCAUAUAUGAACCAAGUGUUGUGAAGUAUAAUGAAGAAAAAAAAAAGGCAGUGGAAAUACUAGAACACUGUUGCUGCUGCUUCAGCCUUUUGAGAGAAAAGGUCAUGAAAUGAAGUAUCUUUCCUUUUACUACUACUGUCUACUGCUGCUGAUGUGGGUUAAAAACAUUGUAAUUCCCCCCCAUUCCUAUGUUCCUCUCUUGUGCGUGAUGUGAUUGUCUGUGAAAGAUUCAUUCUCAGAUUUCUUUUGUCGGUCAAACUUAUAAAAGCUCUCGUCAUCAUUGUUAUCACUAACCUAUGCCUCCAAUAUUAUAUCUACUACUACUAUUGUGAUAUAUCUCAGAUAUGAUUCUGUUGCUCUUGAGAAAUCGAAUUACAUUGGGGGUUUCGUGAUUGUUGGAUUGACGGAAUGACAAUUUAUUUUGAGUAAGAUAACACUGUCCAUCCAACGAUUACAGAGCACCCAAAAUAAAGAGAAAGGAGCAUGUAACUGCUGCAAAGCGGAUCACAGCUUAUUAUUGUUGCCCUGAACUAGCAGUUCGUCACAAGAUUCGUCCGAGAGCCCACCGGUAAAAGAGCGCGAUCAGGCGGCUGGCCGCUUCCGUGGGAUGGAAAGCGUCCCAAUAGGCGUGCGCCCUUCUCAACUUGCAAGGAUCCGUGUUGGGAAUGCAGAUUCCGGUCGCCGGGCUGGCCUUGCAGCACGGCGACGAUUUGAUCGGAAAAGCUAGGCCGGCAAUGGCGCCGGCGAGUGUGCUGUCCAGGUAGAUGAACUUUGCGUCGGAGUCGGAGAAACGAGCGUUGAGGUUGUCGAUGAGCGAUUCGAGGCGGUUGUUGAACGGGACCACGAGCUUGUUCAUGGAUUCGACGCAGAGCGAGCCGUUGGUUCCGUAGGUUGUUAUAGCACCGGGCGUGCAGCCGAUUCGAUUCACGCCGGCGACUCCCACCUUCCUUGCCCCCAAUUCGGGGACUUACCACGAGCUGGUGAGAGUAUUGUUCGACGAGAAGUGCAGCAAACUGGUCAGGGUUGUAGCGUUUGCUGAAGUUGGAGAAUUGGGUCACGAGGUAAUUAGCGAUGUAAUCGUUGUUGCCCAUAUUGCUCAAGUACAAGCAUUGCCCUAGGUGGUCGUCGGCAGCCUUCUUGCUCCCCAAUUUCUGAGCUAUACGUGACACCGUCUCUUCGUGAUUCUUCACUUGCUGGCUCAUGUCUAUGUUCUCAC